AUGACACCAAACCGUACUCAGCUUCAGAGUAUGGCCCAGAAAGACAAUGAAUCUUUUAAAGAAUACGCACAAUGCUGGAGAGAAUUAGCUGCAAGGGUGCACCCGUCAUUGGUUGAUCGUGAAUUGAUUGACAUUUUCAUGGAUACCUUGCAGGGCAAAUAUUAUGAAAGGUUGAUUAGUAGUGUGUGCACAGGAUUUUCUGACAUGGUGAUCAUGGGAGAAAGAGUAGAAGAAGGACUGAAGAGUGAGGGUCAUACAAUAGAGAAUUGCAAAGUGUUUAAGCUCCGGGUCCAAGAGUUGAUAGAUCAGAAAAUAUUGUCUUUUGCUGAUGUUCCAAAUGUGGGGAACAAUCCUUUGCCUAAACAUGAUGGUUCAGGUGUCAAUGUUAUAGAAAGUUCAACUGGUGAUGGAUUGAUAAAGGAUGUGUUCAAGUUGAAGACACUUUUAACAGUGGUCCAUGCAAGAUUGAUGGAAGCAGAAUUGAUGAAGGGAGUACAUGAUAAUUGUGUGAGAAAAGAUGAUGAAGAUGUUGUUGUGAUUGUGCCUGUGUUUGAUCAAGAGAGGCUUCCCAAGCCUUUUAUGGUCUCUUAUAAGAGAAAUGUUGACCUAGAUCCAGUGAAGAAGAUUGAACCAAUGGUUAUCUAUGUUCCCGCUCCAUUCUCAUUUGACAGUACCAAAGCAGUGCCCUGGAACUAUGAGCCUGUAGUUUAUGUGGGUAACAAACCAGUAAUCUUAAAAGAACCAGAUGUGACUAACAUUGCUGGAGCUAGUGGUGUGACUCGAAGUGGAAGGGUUUUCGCUCCUGAAGUGAUCCCAAGCCAAGCAAGUGCACCAACAGUUGAACCAACAAAGGGGAAAGAGGUCAGUCCUCUAGAAAUAGGAGAAGGCUCUAAGAAAGCAGUGACUACUGAAGAGGAUAGAGAACUCUUGAAAAUCAUCAAGAAGAGUGACUACAAGUUCUUGAACGAAGCUUAUGUGGAAGAAGACAUCAAUGUUAUUCAGUUUGAUGAUGUGGUUGCUAAUCUCAAUGCUAGUAGUUGUUUGAUGUUCACUGAUGAUGAUUUACCCCCUAAUGGACGAGAACAUAAUAUGGCGCUUCAUAUCUCUAUUAAGUGUACAGAUGUUACUCUGGCUCCAGUACUGGUAGAUACAGGUUCAUCCUUGAACAUGUUGCCAAAGACUACCCUAGCACAAUUAAAUAUUAAAGGGGCGCAGAUGAGACCCAAUGCUUUGAUAGUGAAAGCUUUUGAUGGGUCUAAGCAAACGGUUAUUGGGGAGAUUGACCUUCCAAUCCUGAUUGGCCCUCAAACUUUCCGUAUUAACUUCCAAGUAAUGGACAUUAGGCCUGCUUAUAGUUGUAUGUUAGGUAGACAUUGGAUCCAUGCUACUGGAGUUAUCACCUCGACACUCCACCAGAAGUUGAAGUUUGUUACUUCUGGUAAGCUGGCCCUUGAAGUGGUCAAUGUGGUCCAAACUAAGUCGAAACCUGUCGAAGAACCCAAAAGGGUCAUGUCCUCGCAGAAGAGUGUGAAAGCUGCAAUUGAAGUUGGUUGCCCUGGAAGUUGGGGCACAAUGAUUGAAUUACCAGAGAAGAAAGACAAGUGUGGAUUGGGAUAUCAACCGUCUAUUGAACUGUUCAAAGACCAGAAGAUACAUCGGGGGAAGGUUCCUAGCAUACAAGAGAUAAUCUCCAAAGGUGGUUUCCAAAGUGAAGAUCAAGUGAAUGCUCUUGAAGAUGAAGAUCCAUAUUUUUCUAAGAUGGUGUUUUGUGGACCUCCGAAUGCUGCUCUCACUAACUGGAAGGCAACAGAUGUUUCGGAGAUAGUUUCUUGUUCAAAGUAA